AUGGCCGCAGAGACGAUUGUGGCAGCACACUGCCUGGAUUCCAUCGAUGUGCCUCCCUUGAUGCUCAAGGUCCCAGAGAAUACUGACUACUUCGAGUUGGCCCAGAAGAUCACGGGGGCCCUGCAGUCUUACCGCGACAAGGACGGAGAAGAAGUCUUCGUGAAGCAGUUCUAG